AGUGAUUCACGCUGCGGUAGUGUUUUAGGGUUGGGGUCCCAUCAUGUGCAGAGUUGACGUCGACACUCCCAGUCUAAACACCGUCCGUUGCAGUUGAGCUCGAGCAUAACGCCACAAAGGAGUGUGAGGAUGAGGAUGACUUAUUAACAAAUGGGAGUGGCCUCGGUUGUACAAGCCAGGCGCUCUUUGGUCGAGCAGAGCAGAGGAAUCGGGGGCCAGUCAACGGAACGAUAAGCAGACGGGAAACCACAUUCAGAGCACGCGGCCGCUGGAAGAGAGCAGUCACCCGGCGGAGGGGAUGUGAGAACAGCCAGGCACUAAACGAAACUGAGGGGCGAUAAGACACAGCCAUUGGCCGGAAGAGAGCCGCGAUGCUCCCUGCGUGAGGCCGCUGUGUCCGGAGCCUCUGUCAUGGGAGUGAAGGAGGGACCUGGGGCGAGGGAGAGAGCCUCCGACCGGAGGCCGGCCUGGCCCAUGCUGCUGCUGCUGCUGCUGGCCGCCGUCACCACCUCCCUGUCGGCGGUGGCCCUGAGCCAGCUGCUGGCCCUCAGGGCCGACGUGGACGCCCUCAGGUCAGAGCUCUGUCGCAGGAGGGAAGAGCAGCAGGAGGGCGCGCACACGACCCAGACCUUGGAGCAGAUGGGCAGCAGGCGGGGGGGCCCGGAGCAGGCGGGGCAGUCUGAGGCUGUGGCCCCGGGGCCCAGGAAGAGGAGAGGGGCCUCUGGGGGCCCGACGGCAGACCCCGUCUCUCAGCCGUGCCUCCAGAUAAUGGCCGACAGCAGCAAGAACAUGUUUCAGAAAGAGUUUGCCGAGGUGCUGCACAGCGCCAUCCCCUGGCAGGCGGGGCUGAGACGAGGGUCGGCCCUGGAGCUGGUGGACAACCAGAUCGUGGUCAGGGAGGAGGGCUUCUACUUCGUGUACAGCCAGGCCCAGGUGUACUACGUGGACAGGACCUUCGUCAUGGGCCACGUGGUGGUCCGCAGGAAGAGCACGGUGGUGGGGGACGAGCCGCAGGAGGUUGUCCUGUUUCGCUGCAUCCAGCAGAUGAACGCCUCCAACGCCUACAACACCUGCUUCACCGGGGGCAUCGUGCGGCUGGAGGUGAACGACCUCCUGGAGGUGCUCAUCCCUCUACCUGUAGCCAACAUCUCCCUCGGCGGGGCCAACACCUUCCUGGGGGUCAUGAAGCUGGCCUGACCCCAGCUCCCUGGGGGUCAUGAAGCUGGCCUGACCACACCCUCUACCCCUUCUCUUUGUUAGGUGAUGAACUUUGGGACUUCUGAAGAAACUCACGCCUGGAAAAAGGAUUUUCCUCCAGCGCUGUCCGCCUACAUGACAAACAAUUCCUGCUAGAGCGUACAGACGGACCCUUUUCAAACUCGUCUCCAUGUGCUGGAUGUGAACGGCAUUAAUGUUCUGUUUUCAAAUGAAUAUACUACUGCCAUGACAUCAUAUAAGUCAUCAAUCCUAUUAAAUCACUUUGGCUCAUUUCUUAAGAAGUAUUCAAGUUCUACCAGCUGUAAGUACACUUUCACAACAGUUUUUUGGGAUCACGCAACUCUUUCUGCAACUCUUCUUUGCUCUGCUUUGUUGACACUGAUUGCUUACAGUAAUAUAUUAUAAUAUUAUAUAUGAAUCGGAACGCCCUACGUACUCAAACUUAGGCUACUAAGUACGGAUACUAUGGAUAUUGGAACACGGCACUUCUUUACGUCAAUCUAUACAGGCUGCAGUCUUUGAGUUGAAAACGCAAACAAACCUGUCUUUAGAUAAUUUAAUGUAAGGAAAAGUAAGUUUACUUCAUUUAAUCUAAAAGAUGUUGGGACUGUAGUGAUAAUCAACUAGCCGUCAGAGACUCCCCUGCUCGAGGGUUAAGUCAGUCCGUCGUCCUUCUAACAAAGGAACAUUGUAGCAAUACUCUCAUUCAUCUCUUUAAUAUGCUUUCGGUUUCGGAGUUCUUCGGUGACCUUCAGUUGACCCACUUUCUCGAAUAAACGGAAAAUGACUUCCAGUAAUUGUCUUGCGUAGGCUGCAGACUUGGCCUCUGCGGUGAUUAUGGUCACACGCUGUUGUCCAAUAGAUUAAAUGUUUUGGACCCCCCCAUAAGCCACGUGUUUUAGUUGACCCUAACCUGUUGCCAGGGGCGAUUCUAGGUUCUGACUUUUGGGGUGGCUUAACCCCAGGAAGCCUCACGGGUAUACGAAGUAUAUAAAGUCUUAUGAGAUUUUUUAUUCCACAACGUUUAUUUUCUUAAUUACUAUGCUGUUGUAUGUCUAAGCCAAUAGCAGGCAGUGUCAGCUAAAUAAUGCAGUUCUGAACCACUAAAGUGAUGAAAGGAAAAAAUACUGUUUGGAUGAAGGAAUAAUCAAUGGUUGUGAACUGUAAUAACAAAUUUGAGGUAUAUUUAAUUUCCUUCGUGUAAGUUUCCCUCAAAAAUUGCCAUAUUUUCCCCUUUUUUUUUAUUUACACAGUUACUGAAACACAUUGGUACAACAUGUACUAGAUUAAUAAAAUGAGAAACAUACCACUAUUUCGGGAGCACUAAACUGUGUUGCCUCACUUUCAGGGACCAAUACAUUUUUUUAAAACUU